UUGAUUUUAAUACGUCAUUUUAAUCGCGAAAACGUUGUAAGAACGAUUUAAAAUGAGUGUAGUGUAUGCAGUGCUGUGAUUUGAGGUUAUAAAAGAAAAUGGAAAUGGACGUGCAGGAAUCAACUCCACAAAUUUUGAAUGUAGCGUUGUGCUGUGCUGGUAGUGGUCGUACUGGUUGCGUUUACGCUCAUGUGAUUGCAAUAAAUAGUACGCUUGCGUUUGCAAGUGGUAAACUUCAACCGGUUGGAGUUUGAAAUCUCAAACAUCCAAACUCAACGUUGAGUAUAGCGUCACGUUGAAUUUUUGGUUGAUCGUUAAACUUGUGGAAGUAUUGGAUAAAUUUCUCGAUUGUUCAUAUAGCAGACUUGUAUAACAAUAUCAAUUUUAGCAAACAAAAGUUUUACUAACAAUAUAUCCCCAUAUUUGACGUUCAACAGAAAACUCAUUAAUCUCCAACUGUUUGCAAACGCAAAUGUAAACUAUUUGCUUUUGCAUCAAAUUAACCCAGCCAGUAUUUAACUCCUACUGUUGCAGAAUCUUGUGACGUUUCAAAUAAGGUUUUUGUGCUGUUGUAUGAUGGACAUGUCUAUAUUUUUAUUAAAGAUGAUGAACAAGACCAGCCUUGAGAACAAGUAAGCUUAAGAUCAUUCAGGAGUGACAACGACGUAACGCUUCAGCAAAACCGACCUUUCCCCUAUCGCUUUGAGCGAUAUACGACACUGUAACUCGCAACGGGUUUUCAAAUUAGCGGUUCAAAAUUGCUGCCAUGGGUCGCAAGAAAAUACAAAUAUCCAGGAUUACCGACGAACGGAAUCGGCAGGUGACUUUCAACAAGCGAAAAUUUGGAGUGAUGAAAAAGGCAUACGAGUUAUCGGUGUUGUGUGACUGCGAAAUAGCUCUGAUAAUAUUCAGCAGCAGCAACAAGCUUUACCAGUAUGCCAGCACGGACAUGGACAAAGUUCUCCUCAAGUACACGGAAUACAACGAGCCCCACGAGUCACUCACCAACAAAAAUAUUAUCGAGGCACUUAACAAGAAGGAGCAUAAGAACGGAGUUAUGAGUCCAGAUAGUCCCGAACCUGAAACUGAGUACCAGUUGACACCCCGCACGGAGGCCAAGUAUAGCAAAAUUGACGAGGAUUUCCAAAUGAUGUUACAAAGGAAUCAGAUCAACGGACAAAGGGUUAGCAUGAGCUCUUCGAAUUACUCCCAGCCUGUCUCAGUACCAGUGAACAUAAGCUAUGGCGAAUCCGGUCUUCUUCAGUCUAGUCCGCAAAUGGCACACACUAGUAUUAGUCCUAGACCCUCUUCUUCUGAAACAGAUUCUGUUUAUCCGAGCGGUGCGAUGUUAGAAAUGAGUAACGGAUAUCCAAAUUCAGCGUCCCCGAUGGGUGGUUCGCCUUCUCCCGGACCUAGUCCAGGACCAGGAUUAAGUUCCUCCAAACAGCAUCCCAAACAACAUUCUCCCGGACCACGAUCUAAUUUAAGAGUAGUCAUACCCACACCUCUGGGGCCAAACAUCACCACAGAUGAAGUUUCUUAUACAGAAUUUUUGUUGCAGCAUAAUCGAACCCAAUCGACUCUUAACACACCCGUUGUGGCGUUGCAGACCCCAGGUCUGGCAAACUAUCCCGGAGCGUUGACUUCAUUCGGGGCGCAGGACUUCAGUAUUGGAUCUGACAUGGGACUAGCUCCGAUGUCGUGGAGCGGCCACCAGAUUUCAACCUCCCUGUCGCACAAUAGCAACUGCCUGCCGCACUUAGCAGUAUCCAGCAGCACUCCACCGCCCACAUCGUCAUCGCCACUUCCAGUGAAGAUAAAAAGUGAACCGAUCUCGCCACCCAGAGAGCACCACCCCCAUUUGAGUACAGCCGUCCACCAUUCGCACGUUCAAAGCCUGAACUUGACGCACAGUCACCACCCAAGGCCUAGUUCAGCGGGCCAAAUCACCCCGACUCCAGGAAGCGUCACGCCCACAAACCUGCCAUCGCCGACAGGGCCAGCUAGCAGUGGCUCCGAGUAUGAUACUGUACAGAUGCAUAAACGGGCUAGACUAACAGAUUGGCCGUCCUAGAGUAGUUAGGGCGAGAAUGGUUUUUUUACCUUUGCAGAGGUGACUUCGCCUUCAGCCGUCGUGACCUACACCUGCACAGGACACUUAAGUGCCAUAGUGAUAACGUGUGGAUGAGUACUAAACGUGUUUUCUGUUUUAAUUGCCAAUUGUCAUCCAUGUGAUAAACUACAAGUUUAGUAGAGCAAUUAUUUAAUACGAACUGAAUACUUUAACAAUUAAUAGUCAUUUACAAGUGAAGAGAUGAUUUUUGUAGAGAGAAAGAGAGAGAGAGAGAGAAACAAGAUUUUUAUUGGAACGAGCAGUGUGGUGAGUGGUUCAAAGCAUAAAUAUAUGUAUACGUAUCUUUAUACGUAUAAAAUUGAGUAUAUAUAUAUCUACAUAUAUAUAAACAUAUUUUCACCGUUUAUACGUAUAUGUGCAGACGCCAACAUUUUGUUCUCAUCGUAAAAGAAAAUUAUAUAUAUAUAUACAUAUAUAUAUGUAUAUGCAUGUAUAUACAUAUAUAUAAGUAUAUGCAUAUAUAUACGUAUAUAUAAAAUUAUUAUAUACAUUAUAUAUAGUGCCAUUAUUUUCAUGUAAUUAUUAGUGUCUUUUUUAUAAAUGUUUUUAGAGAAAUAGCAUAUUGUUUAAAAAUGUACACUUGUUACUUUAGCGAGGAUGCAGCCACUAACAUAUUGAACUAUGCAGGACACUUUUCUUGUUAUGUAUCAUCAUCGUAAUGUAUCGUGUCGUAUUGGUGCUUUCCCCAAACCUGAUCGAAUGUACUCUGUCACUGGCUGUUAACGGAGGUGCCACAGGUUCACCCGUCAAUGUUAUGUAUGUAAAGUACUGCUUCCCCAAGGAACCUAGAGUGUUCAUUGCUGUAGCCUUUUCAAUUUGUUUGUGAUUUCAGAGUACAUCUAUUCUGUAUAUUGACCUACACAAAGUAAAUUAUAUAAAUAAAUAUAAAUUAUAAAUUUUAUUAUAUAUACAUACAUAUAUUUUAAUACUGUUGUGUGCACAAACCUUGCACAUAGUUUAAAAAUUUAUUAUAUAUCGGGGGGGCCUCUUAGGCUUCCCCGUGUUCCCGCGUGCGCGUACCUGCAUACCGCAAUCGCGGAUGACCCUAUCUCCACUGAACUACUGUAGGAUUGCCUUACUCACAGUGCCUCGACAGUAUGUACGUAUCUAUUCGUGUAGUACAUCAUUUUAUGGCUUUAUAGUCAUCUUCAAUGUUCAUAUCUGAUGUUCAAAAGCCUGCGGUAAUAUCUCUAAACUACAACUCUCAUCGCUCUGAAAAUAAGGAUGAAUAUUCGUUAAACUAUUUAUGUCCUUCAACGAGGAUAUUUUAACAAUAAACCACUAGUUUCUGAUAAUGUAAUCUGUGAUAACUUUUAAAUAAUUUUAAUUCUGCUUGUAACUUUUUCUUCCUCUUGCGAAAAAUUUUUUUUAAUCGUUGAUAUCUAUCUCUGCAAACAGAUAAGAUUUUUUAAUUUUAUUGGAAAUUAGAUUGGUAAGAAGUUACAAUUAGAAGUAUUUUUUUGUCUGUUAUUAACAAAGAGAAAUGCUCUAUUGCCUGUUAUAAAUUUGAAGUUGACGAAUUGUGCGAGUACAUUAUAAAGUUGAGAUUUAUUUACUGUUGAAAAUUAAUUUAAUGAUUGGUGCUAACUGCGUGGUUGAUUGCGCAAGAGCUGUAAGUUGUAGUUUGGGAUAACUUUUGUCAACUAUUCACAGGGUAUUGCGCCAUUCUACACACAAUUUUGCUGGAUGGCAUUUCGUUGCUAACCAGUCUGGUUACCGCUGCUUGUGCCUUCUUUACCCUCAGAAUCCUUUCCGAUGUCUCUCAAUGGCUUCCGUGUCACUGCACUACUGUUAUCGCUUUUUCUAUGUUCCCGAUGAAGUUAUUCAUUGUCAAUGUAUUAAUUGUUUUUAUUGACAUUGUUUUUUUUUUUUAUUAUUCACAUAUCGGUUGACGCUCUUAUUUAGUUAUUAAUAUUAAGCGGUACAUUUGUCGCCUUAAUUUUAAAUGGACGAAUACCCAGCUACAUCAUGUAUAUAUAGUCAUAUUUUGUUGUAGCAAGCCAAUCUUAAUGUUAGCUGUAUCAUUUGCACACAUUAAUUUUAAUAUGAUUCCCGGCAAUCGCGUCCAUUUGACAAAGGCAUUUUUUCAAUCAUGUGCAAUAUUAAUCUGUCAUUUAUUUAUCUAUGAUGUAUUGAAUUUAAACCAAAUAAAAUUGUUUGUUACAAU